AUGUCCAGCCAAGUCGAACAUCCUGCUGGUGGUUACAAGAAACUGUUUGAAACUGUAGAGGAAUUAUCCUCACCGCUCACAGCUCAUGUUACAGGCAGGAUCCCCCUCUGGCUGACCGGCAGUCUCCUUCGAUGUGGGCCAGGACUCUUUGAAGUUGGAUCUGAGCCAUUUUACCACCUGUUUGAUGGGCAAGCUCUCCUGCACAAGUUUGACUUUAAAGAAGGACACGUCACAUACCACAGAAGGUUCAUCCGCACUGAUGCUUACGUACGGGCAAUGACUGAGAAAAGGAUCGUCAUAACAGAAUUUGGCACCUGUGCUUUCCCAGACCCCUGCAAGAAUAUAUUUUCCAGGUUUUUUUCUUACUUUCGAGGAGUGGAGGUUACUGACAAUGCCCUUGUUAAUAUCUACCCAGUGGGGGAAGAUUACUAUGCCUGCACAGAGACCAACUUCAUUACAAAGAUUAAUCCCGAGACCUUGGAGACAAUUAAGCAGGUUGAUCUUUGCAACUAUGUCUCGGUCAAUGGAGCCACUGCUCACCCCCACAUUGAAAAUGAUGGGACUGUUUACAAUAUUGGUAAUUGCUUUGGGAAAAAUUUUUCAAUUGCCUACAAUAUUGUAAAGAUCCCUCCACUACAAGCAGACAAGGAAGAUCCAAUAAGCAAGUCAGAGAUCGUUGUACAAUUCCCCUGCAGUGACCGAUUCAAGCCAUCUUACGUCCAUAGUUUUGGUUUGACUCCCAACUAUAUUGUUUUUGUGGAGACACCAGUCAAAAUUAACCUGUUCAAGUUCCUUUCUUCAUGGAGUCUUUGGGGAGCCAACUACAUGGAUUGUUUUGAGUCCAAUGAAACCAUGGGGGUUUGGCUUCAUAUUGCUGACAGAAAAAGAAAAAAGUAUAUCAAUAAUAAAUACAGGACAUCUCCUUUUAACCUCUUCCAUCACAUCAAUACCUAUGAAGACAGUGAGUUUCUGAUUGUGGAUCUCUGUUGCUGGAAAGGAUUUGAAUUUGUUUAUAAUUACUUAUAUUUAGCCAAUUUACGUGAGAACUGGGAAGAGGUGAAAAGAAAUGCCAGAAAGGCUCCCCAGCCUGAAGUUAGGAGAUACGUACUUCCUUUGAAUACUGACAAGGCUGACACAGGCAAGAAUUUAGUCACACUCCCCAACACAACUGCCACUGCAAUUCUGUGCAGUGACGAGACCAUCUGGCUGGAACCUGAAGUUCUCUUUUCAGGGCCUCGCCAAGCAUUUGAAUUUCCUCAAAUCAACUACCAGAAGUAUGGUGGGAAACCUUACACAUACGCAUAUGGACUUGGCUUGAAUCACUUUGUUCCAGACAGGCUCUGUAAGCUGAACGUCAAAACUAAAGAAACUUGGGUAUGGCAAGAGCCUGAUUCAUACCCCUCAGAACCCAUCUUUGUUUCUCACCCAGAUGCCUUGGAGGAAGAUGACGGUGUAGUUCUGAGUGUGGUGGUGAGCCCUGGGGCAGGUCAAAAGCCCGCUUAUCUCCUAAUUCUGAAUGCCAAGGACUUGAGUGAAGUUGCCAGGGCUGAAGUGGAGAUUAACAUCCCUGUCACCUUUCAUGGACUGUUCAAAAAAUCCUGA